UCAAAUGUAAUUACGUUCACGAUGAACGGAUGGAAGUCUCAACGCCUGCGUGAAGCUUAAUCUGACGAUGUAUGAACUCCAAAGCCAUCAGCAAAACCAGGAGGCACCUGAAGUCGCAUUAAUGGCAAGAAGUACGUUUGUCAUCAUUGGGAUUCCCUGGAGUCUAGUUCUUGCGUCCGCAACAAAUGAAAGGCUGCCAGUUGUAGGUGCACUGCUUGAUCAUCUGGCCUCAUUGAAGUGACUGGAUGGUGGCGGUGUGGUGGUGCGAGUCCAGCCCGGUUGGAGUGACGUCUCCCUCCGCCUAUGGCAGCACGACAAAGACGGGGAGGAGCCGUUUGCAGCCAGAAUUUGACCUGCGCAGAGAUGUGGAGGCUGACAUCCGCGGGAAGGAGGCGGCCGUGUGCAGGGUGAAAGAAUAUUCUGGAGCUCUGGACAUUUUAAUCCUCAACAUUGAGAGAGAUGGGGGCAUCCUUUACUCAUGGAAGGGAUCAACUGGGACCACUCGUGUCGGGAAAUAUGACUCAAGCAGCAAGCAGAAUAAGCUCCUGUACACCUUCGACAAUCACGUCUGCGUCAGCAGCUGCUCCCUAAACAAGGGGGAGACGUUGCUAGCUGUCAGUUUGGCACAAAACAACGGUGGAGAGGAGCGCCUCAAACCAAUAUCCCGCUGCUUGACGCUCCUGAUCGAGAUCCAUCCGAUCAACAACACCAAAGUCUUGAAGGCGGUCGACUGCAGGGUCAAAGUGCAGUUUCUCCAUCCUGAAACCAAGCGCAGAUCGGUGCAGGAGAGCCACCUGCUGCUGCUAAGUGAGGACGGAUAUGUGGACCAGUACCACGUCACGCUGACGAGACACGAGGGUUACAAAGUGCAGGUGCUGGCCAAUCCCGAGCGUUUGUCCAAGACGGCCGAGCGGGUGGUGGAGGAAUUCUGCUGGGUCCAGUGGGACGUCCAGACGCAGAGGCUCUAUUAUCUCACCCACGCGGGUAAGUUCCUGCUACGAUGCGUGCAGUUCUACGACAACCAGAAUUGUGAAACUGUGCUGGAGCUCCCAUUAGAGUUGCCUGCGAAAGCUUUCAGCACCGUUAAGUUUGUGAACUUGGGUUUUGACCACCAUCAUGCGGAGGAACCGCAGCGAGUAAAGAUGGAAGUGUUCACAAACCGAUUAGGAAGCAUGUGCGUGUGCUGCAGUCGACCCGCUCGCCACAAACCGGAGCUCAUUUAUUCUGUGGUGUUGGUUCACAAAGACUGCAGCAAGACUUUCCGGGUCACUUUGGGCCAGGCGACGCGGGACACCGCGCCGCUCCAUCCGCUCCUCAUUCCUAUAGGUUACUACGUGGUGGUGUAUCUGCGCGGCCGCUUCCUGCACUGCAUCAACACCAGACAGCAGGAGAUGCUCUGCCACUCGCUCUUCCUGUCUGGUGACGAUGCAGAUUUGGGGCUAUCGUCAAAGUCCGAAGGGUUCACGGUGCUGCACGCAGAGGACGAGUCAAGUGUGGCCCUGUUGGACCUGCCAAAUGGGACCAUUUAUGGUGUCCAGCUCAGCCCAGCCCACCUCCUGCAGAUUCUACGAUCAGACCCCACUUCCGGGAGACCCAACAACAUGGUUGACGCUCAGCGCCUGGCCACCCUCCACUGCCUUCUCCUUUCCAGCACAAAUGACCCAAACGUGGAGCUGGAGAUUAUUGAGUGGCUGUGUGACAAUGUGAAGGCAUUUGAAUCCUUUGACCCCAUCCAGGAGUUCAUUCUAGCAUCUUUAUACAAAAUUAGCUACCAGAGGUCCCUCAACCUGGAUAAACUGCUGCCUUGCUCAUCGGUGUUUGACAGGAAGGAGCUACCAGCGUGUCUGACCGAGAUCCCCGGUGUGCUGUGCACCACUCGGCUGCAUACCGAGUCCGUCUUUAAAGGGAAGGCCAGGACUGUCCAGAGCUUCUGGUCCGAGCUACAGUGGAACACGGAGAGGACGACGUAUUUGGACGUCGAUCCCCACCCCAGAUACAGAACCUCACACGUUCAGGCCUACUGGAGCAAACUUAUGACAGAAGAACCCUCAAGCCACAUGGCUCAUGUGUUGGAGAACACGAAGAAGGUUCUUUCCAUGGUGGACACUUGGCGUCACGACAAGAAGCUGGUUCCGCUUUUCCAAGAGGAGGACCAACCCCAGAAGCUGCUCAUAGGCCUGACGGUGGAGAAGCUCCGAGAGCACCUGAACACACACCUGCCUCGGCUGGGCAAGAGGAAGAUAGACUCCCUGGUCAUCAACUAUGUAGCCAAACUGCUGGAGCUCAUCAGACACAUGCUGGAGUCUGUCUGGCUGAAGCACAAGCUGGGUCCUCUUGUUCUGUGCUUCACACAGCGGGCCAGUCCGGGCGAGUGGGCAGUGUUUCACUUCAUGCUCCGGAUCCUGGACGCCACCAGGGGUCUCUGCGUGCCCCUCCCGCCUGGUUACCAUAGUCUGCUCGCGGCGUUGGCUUUGCGCUGCCUCCCCCAUCACACUUUCCUCCAGUACGUCGACCACCGCUUCCUUCAGCUGACCGACACCUUUGUGUCUCGACUCAUGACAGAUUUGGAUAACAGUGCAGCGAACGAGAAACUGAAGUUCGGUGUAUUAAAGAGACUUCCCGAGGCAAACAGAUUCUACCACAUGUGGGAUCAUCCUGUCAGUUCGGCCUCCAUCUCCAGAGAUUACAUCGGGAAUCUGUUGGGGGGACGGAACAAAAACAAGGGAUUUGCUCUGACCGGCAGAGACAAGGCACGCUUCAGAACGGACGUCCUGCCUCUGACGUACCUGACCAAAGUACUUUCUGACAUAGAGGAGCAAGCUCUGAACCCCUUCGAGGAGCGGGAGAACGUGGACGCCACAUUUGUGGAGGAGACGGCUCUGAAACAGACACUCAUUCUGCUGGGAAUUGAGAGAAAAUGAACCCCGCUUACAAAGACAAAAUGGAAGACAAGGGAAUGAUGAAUAACAUGAGCAAUGAAAGAUGAAUGGGAAGAUGGAAGAUGCCAGCGGAGAUGUUGGCAGGACUCGAGAUAAAGGGAGAAAACCCACAUUUUGUUUACACUUUGAUUCAAGUCAGGGAAGCCUUCUUGUGCUCAGUCAUUACAACGGUAUAAACAAGCAUCCAAAAUCUCUGCCCUAACAAUACAUCAAUACUGGGUACACCUGUGCAAUUUAAUGAGAUCAGGUAGAAUUUAUGGAUCAAAAAUUGAGAAGAAAGUUCGAACUUGUUCAUUUAGUCAACUGAACAUAGGAUCAAGUGUCUAUACUUACGGUAUUUAUAAGGGCGCUGUCCCGUCAUGUUGAUGUAUUUUUAAAAUCAAUGUAUCAUUUCUCAUCAAUAAUUUAAAAAUGGACAAAGCAAUAACUGUAACAGGGAAAUGGCAUCUAAUUUGAGAAGAGAGCUCACUUUUCUAGGAAAUGUGCUCAAAUACUCAAAACCUAUUUUUGCCAGAAUUUUUGCCCCACUUCAAUGAACUUUGUGUCGUUCCGCCUGGAGUGUGCGCCUUGGCCGCAGUAUAAUAAUAAUACUCUAUGCAAGUUGACGGUAAUAUUGAUUAUUCUUCACAGAGGAUAAAGAAUACAUGCCUGUGAGUAUUCUUAUAUUGUCUGUCUACAUGUGAUGUGCAACUGUUUAUGUUCAGAUUCACACCGUAGUCCUUGUCAUUAGCUUGUCGAAAGCUAAGCAGUUGAUUUCGAUAGAUAACGUGAUUGUCUUUGUUUGACGUUCAGCUACUGAAACUCAGCAUUAACUGGGAGUGGCAAACAGCCUGGAGCCUCUUUUUUGAAGAACUUUUUACAAUCUGCAAAACUGCCGCUUGUUGUGAAGAGAGUUGAGUUCGCUGCCACAAAUACAGUGUUCGUAAUACUAAUUUAUGAUCAGGAGUCAGAGCAAAAAAUUGCACCAAACAACACCUUUUGUCUCCGUAAAUUCAGGUCACUUGUAGUUCAAGGCGCCACACGCACAUGCUUUCUGUCGGGCUUUGCUGACCGAGUUUUGUAUGGUCCUUGACGGGAUUAUUUCACAGCUCCUGGUGAAGGACACCCUCACGUGUUUAGACUCGGACCGCGAGGAUAUUCCUACGGCUAUAACAGUUAAUGUCGAAUGAAAGGCCGGGGACGUUUUAAAACGGGAUGCAAUUAUUACUUCAGAGCGGCUCUAAAGUGAGGAGAUAAUGUGAAAUGCAGAGGGACACAUUUGAGGAAUUUAAAAGAUGGGCUAAUAUUUUUGAAAAAUUCGUUGCAUUUGCUUGUCGUUUUUUUUUUUUGACAGUGCUGACAAAGGUAUCAGAUCGCACGUGGAUUCCCAGAAAGGCAACAAAUACAAUUCGUCAGAAGCAUCCCAUAUCCUUAUUUGGAGGCUCCGGAAAAGUGCUCUGCGACCCAUUUCGUCUUGACCGUUCAACACCACGUUUGAUCAUUUCCUGUAACCGUUUGACAGUCAGACUAUUCCAAUGUUUGAAUACAUGUGUCUCGUUUUGAGAUGAGAGAACAAAGCGACUGGGCUUCAUUAGACGUUUAUUUGCAAAACACAUUGCAGAAAGAUGUCUAGCUUUAGGAGAGCAUGGCAUCAAACCAAAGGAACAAAAAGGAGAUGAAAAGACAGAUGCAAUCGCCUGUUUUGAACAAUGACCGUGAGGGAUCGAUCGAUCAUUGAUUUUUUUUUUUUUUUUGACAAAGCACUCUCUAAAAAAUGUCUUGUGUGUGGUAUGAGUUGGUUUUUUUUUUUUGCAUAGGCUUUGAAUAAAAGGGGCAAAAUG